AUGGCGAGGAUCCCUCUCGGAUGCGAGCCGGCAGUGGGCUCGCUGGUUCCCUCGAAGAAGAGGGAGUACCGCGUGACGAACCGCCUCCAAGAGGGGAAGCGCCCGCUCUACGCCAUCGCCUUCAACUUCAUCGACUCCCGCUACUUCGACGUCUUCGCCACCGUCGGCGGUAACAGGGUACGCCGUCGGUUUUCCUCGAAGUAGAUUCUCCAGGCCUGGUGUCUCCCUUUCGAUAAUCUAUGGCCGUUUGAGCAUGAUUCUUAAUCUUCGGCGAUGGAGCAGGUCACCAUCUAUCAGUGUCUGGAGGGAGGAAUGGUGUCCAUUCUGCAAGCGUACGUCGAUGAAGAUGUACGUCUGGUUUCGAUCCUUCAGGCUCUCCUGGAUCCUGGUUCACGGUUUAGGGUUUGGAGCUCAUCUUUGUUCGUGUGGAUCUUUUGUUCUUGUCUUCUCAUCCGAAAUAGUUCAGAAAGACGAGUCCUUCUACACCCUGAGCUGGACCUGCAACAUUGAUGGAAUUCCUCUUCUGGUGGCCGGCGGCAUCAACGGCAUCAUCCGUAUAAUCGAUACCAGCAGCGAGAAGCUUUAUAAGGUAUUCCACUCGGUUCUCGUUGAAGGUACCCUCGAUCCGGAUGAUCAAUCCCUGGGAAUCAAUCAUUCUCGGCUCUAAGCUUCCUCUCUCUCUCUCUCUCUCUCUCUCUCUCUCUCUCUCUCUCUCUCUCUCAUGGUUCAUGUGCAGAGCUUCGUUGGGCAUGGUGACUCUGUAAAUGAAAUCAGGACGCAGGCAUUGAAGCCUUCACUGAUUGCAUCGGCCAGUAAAGUAACCGGCUCUCUGUGACCUGUUUGAUUAACUGAUUCUAUAGACGAAGCAAGGAUAUUUUCUCUGAUCUACUGAAAUCCAUUGUCGUAGGAUGAAUCUGUUCGUCUUUGGAACGUACAGACGGGCAUCUGCAUCUUGAUCUUUGCUGGGGCUGGCGGGCACCGGAAUGAAGUUCUGAGCGUUGUAAGUGGUGCAUUGAAGUGGAGAUCCCUUCUUUUCCUGGACAAUUAUUCUUGCUGGGACAUUCUAUUUCAUUUCAUUUCAUUUCAUUAUUUCUAUCAGAGAAUUGAUCUCAACACUAUACUAAUGAAGGGCAAUUCCUUGUUAAUAAUUUUCAACUCCUGUAGGACUUCCAUCCCUCUGAUAUAUACCGGAUAGCAAGCUGUGGAAUGGAUAACACUGUAAAAAUUUGGUCGAUGAAAGGUGGGUCCUUUAAAUAAUUAAUGGAGGCUUCGUGUGGAUUAUCUUGAUCUGACUUUGGGAUGCUUAUGCAGACUUUUGGACUUACGUUGAGAAGUCAUUUACAUGGACCGAUCUUCCUUCCAAAUUUCCCACCAAAUAUGUUCAAUUCCCUGUAAGCGCUAUUAUUUAUUUAUUUACUUUUCAAAGCCUUGGGAUGUUUUUAGCUUUUCAUAUCUCUAAUGUUGAACCCUCAUUCAGGUGUUCAUCGCCUCUGUUCACUCCAACUAUGUUGACUGUAAUAGAUGGCUUGGUGACUUUGUUCUUUCCAAGGCGAGUUUUACUGUGUUGAAUCUUUUGAUGCUCUAUUAUUUUCUUAGUAGUAAAAUUUCGUUGACUUUUUUUGGUAACAUAUGAUCUGUAACGACUUGUAAUCAUUAAGUGAUUUGAAUGAAAUUGGUUUCACAUUGAGUGGCAUUUGACUGCCAGAUCAAAGAUCAUUUUCUAAGAUGGAUGCAAGUAAAAACCAAAGAAAUGCUUAUCUCACAAGAUUCAUAUGCCAGGAGUAGGAAUCGGGACUGCUGUCUGUUAAUUAGGAAUCGGGUUUCCAAACGUAUGAAAGUUUUUUCAGUUUUUUGGUCACAGUGUUCUCAUCUUCCCAGGUAACAUGUGUCAUAAACAACACAGAGCAUGUUUACACCUUACGUGAAGGAUUAAAAAGUGCUCUUGAUUCAAAUCCAUGGAAAAUUGAGUGUGUAUAAUUGGAGCCCCAUCAUUAAACAUUCUCAUGUUAUUUUUUCUCUCCUUGUUUUAUGUCAGAUUUUAAGGAAGGCUUGCUGUUCUUGCGUUUCCUCUUCAUUCCCAAGUAUUAUGUGCUUGCAGUCAUAACAGGCAACAGUCCAAAACUAAAAGGCAGAUGCCAUGCGAAUUUUUAUGAUAUAUAUAUAUAUAUAUUUAUUAAUUUCGGAAGCAUGGUGGUGCCUGUCUUCCAAAAAUAAAAUUUUGGGUUUUUCCCCCAUCAGUAUUCCAUUAGUUUCCACGUGGAAGAAAAUAUGGCAUAUAAGAAAAAUCUCUCUAAAUGUAAAUUAAUAUUUUUUUACGUCCUCACUGCGGUUGAUUUGAUAAUUUCCUUCAAAAUGCAGAGUGUUGACAAUGAAAUCGUUCUCUGGGAACCGAAGACCAAGGAACAGAGUCCUGGAGAGGUGAUUUUUCCCGUUUAUUUUUGUUCAAAUAUAUUUGACCAAAUUAACUGAAAUUUAGCCUUAUUGGAACCGGUUAUUUUCGAUUUUUUAAUGUGGGAUUUUAGCGGAUUCACUGUCCUGAAUGUUUAUUUCACAUAGGGCACAGUUGACAUUCUUCAGAAAUACCCAGUACCAGAAUGUGAUAUCUGGUUCAUCAAGUUUUCAUGUGAUUUCCAUUACAAGUCAGCAGCAAUAGGUAAUGAUUCUUCUUCUCUGAACGAUUUUAUAUGAUAUGGAGCAACAGUUUUUUUUGGUAUUAUUAUUUUUUGUGGAUUGGUGAAAGGAAACACAUGAAUCAACCCUUUUCUGGAAGACGAUUUCUGCUGAAGCAUGAAAAUGGUUUGGCUGAUCUUGAAUCAGUAUCCACAUGGCACAAUCUAUUGAAGAUGAUCAGCAUAUUCCGAACUAAAAAAAUAGGAAAAACCAGCAACAAUUCACUGCAUUGACUGGAAAAAUGCACUGAGAAACAGGUUAUUCAUGGCAUUUAUUCAAAGAUGGAUUGUCAGCAGAUGACAAGGGAAGAGCAUGCCCUAAAGAGAUUAUAUUUAAAUAUAUAGCAUAAACUUGUGGUGAAAAAGGUAUUAUCUUUGUUUUCCAUUCAGAUUUAUACAUUUUAUGGGCAUGGGCCAUGGGCAUAAUGCAUUCUAAUAACUAACUAACAAAAAAAAUAGAGAAGGGGAGAUUUUUUUUGGUCUAAAAAGGCAAUUUAGACAUUUGUGGAUGUGUCACAUCGUCAUAAUCCUUUCUAAAACAGGGAAUGGGCAAGGUGAGAUCUUUGUUUCACAAAGUUUGAGUUUCUAUUUAUUGUAUGAACUUGGGCUAAGAACCCUUUUACUUUUAAUCCCCAAUUAAUUCUCAUGCCCAACAGGAAACAGGGAAGGGAAGAUUUUUGUUUGGGAACUCCAGUCCAGUCCUCCAGUCUUAAUAGCGAGGUCAGCUUCAUCUUCCCCCAUCCAGACUGGCUUUAUUUUAAUAAAUUAUUCCACUUAUUACCAUAUGUGGCCUUGUACACCAGACUGUCUCAUGUUCACUCGAAGUCCCCCAUCCGGCAGACUGCCAUGUCCUUUGAUGGAAGGUAUCUCCUGUGGGAUGGUCUUCCAUCAGCUAGUUGAGAAUUUUGGUUUUAUGCCAUUUUUAGGUAGUCUGACUCCUUUGUGGGCUACAGCAUCAUACUUGGCUGCUGUGAGGAUGGCAUGAUAUGGCGGUGGGAUGCCGUUCAGUGA